UUAGUGGGCGGGGCGAUUUUUGUAGUCUUUUAGACAUGUCAACAACAUGCCGGAGUCCAGAAGGGAGGCAGAGACAGACGAGAAAGGAGAAAAGCCGUCUAAAAACAUAAUUUCAGUCAUUUCUCAGUUCGCUGACGAUAAUUUAACCAUUAUCCGGAACAUCAGUACUGGACUAGCAAUUGCCGGGGUAAUAGUAAUAUCAAGGAGUAUUAAAUUGAUCACUAGGUUUGGAGUAGCCUCUGAGAUCCCAGCAAGGUUCAUAGAGAAGAAUGUGAGCCUCAGAGGGAGAGUCCAGACCAUCACAGAGAUGGGCCUGGAGGUGGAGCACAUCCCCAUCUACAUCCCUGUCCUCUCCCCCCUGCUGGCUAAAGGUAUGGUAGACCCCCUGCUGGCUAAAGGUAUGGCAGACCCCCUGCUGGCUAAAGGGGAGGCGUGGCUGGAGCAGCACUUGAGCCCGGCCCAGACGGUGUGGCUCAAACUGGUCAGCAGAGAGGAGGAGACACUGCACUGUCUGGUGUCUGUUAGCGGCGGGUCAUUGAGGAGUCUGUGUCUGAAUGAGGAGGUGUUGAGGUUGGGUCUGGCACGCACUGUCCCAGUCUCUGGACUCCACCCUCAGUCCCACCUUUACCUGCGGCUCCACCAACGGCUGCUCAAGGCAGAGGUCAAGGCCGAGCGGAAGGGGCGAGGCAUGUGGAAAGAGGAUAGCCUAUGGGAGAGGACCUCACAGGCUGUUUGGGACAACUCACUGGUCAGACUCAUCAGGAGGAUCUUCAAGUGGACUUGAUUGGUUGGUUGGUUGAUUGACUGAUUGAUUGGCUGAUUGGUUUACUGACUGACUGGUUGAUUUCAAGUGGGCUUGAAAGUAAGUUUAUGAAUGUUGCAAGGCUCAGYCCCGUCUCAGAAUACAGCUGGGUCAUUAUGUGUCUGUGUUUGAGAAGUGGAUCAUCUAUUUGUCAACUUGCCACACCGAUUUGCUGAAAACGGACAAUAUUCACACGAAUAUCUGUCCAAACAAUCUUUUCUCCUGUACGUUACUAUCUGGGAAAAGUGUGAAACGAUGUCUCAAAAGAAUGGGGGUAUGGACAAAAUCGUAGACAUGGGAGAAAAAUCUUUUGACCCACGUGCUUAUCAAAAUGUGUUUAUAUAUAUAUAUAUAUCGAUGGAGAUUAAACGCACUGACACGGCAAUGACAAGACAGAAUAGAAACCAGUCUACUUACAGUUAGUGUUCCCCUUCGUGGGUCAGAAAAUGUUGAUGUUUGAUUAGAUAAUGUAAAGAAACUUGGCUGUCAGAAAUCCACAUAUCUACGUCAAACGGAUWWAAAAAUYUWUWUAUAAUAAUCUUCACCCGAUUUGUGAAAUAAAUAUGCAUUGGUUAAUUCAUUUCUGCAUUGUGUUUAAUAUUCUAAAUAAUCAAUCAUGAAUAAGUAAUGCUGCGUAUAAAAGCCAUUGUGAAAUUUGAUGGGAGAUUGUGAUGGGGGCGAUUUACAAAUUCUCUUUGGGGAGUUAKCUCAGAAAGUGCUGGUUGAAUACAGGGUAAUUUCAUGCUAAUGUAUUUAAAUUAUGCCCGUAUGUAUAUAGAAAUUAGUUGUUAUUCAAUCAAUAUAAUAACCAAACAUAAGGACCGUCAGUGGUUUAACAAUAUUGACAACAUUAUCAUUUCAAAGAAUCUAUAUUUUUWAAUAUUUGACAUUCAAAUUGAAUACCUGAAGUCCCACCAAAAUAUCUGGAUUCUAUUGAUUUUCUGUCUCUAAUUAAACAUUUGUUUAUGUGCUAUA